CCAGGCCCCCGCCCUCGUCACUGUUCCCAGGUACCUGCCGGGAGCCGCGUGGUAGGGAUCCUUCACCGCGCGCUUGCUCGCUCUUUAGCCUCAGAGCUGCCUACUCAGUAGUGGCCACGGUUGAGCCUUUACUGUGCGUCACUGUCGGUGUGGUCGCGAGGCAUCGUGGGUAGAACGGAGAUUCGGUCUCACACCGCCGAAAGAUGGCGGACGCUUUUGGCGAUGAACUAUUUAGCGUUUUCGAGGACGACUCGACCAUUGCGGCCGGAACCAAAAAAGACAAGGAGAAGGGGAAAUGGAAGGGGCCGCCAGGGUCUGCGGAGAAGGCCGGGAAACGUAUUGAAAGUAAAUUUCAAUCAGAUUCAAAUAAUAGUGGAAAAAACAAGAGAGAUGCAGAUUUUGAAGGCACAGAUGAAUCCAUUUUUGGAAAGAAGCCCAGGGUAGAAGAGUCAAUAACUGAAGACUUAAGUUUGACAGACCUGAUGCCUAGAGUCAAGGUACAAGCAGUUGAAACUGUUGAAGGGUGUACACAUGAGGUUGCGCUUCCUGCAAAUGAAGAUUAUUUACCACUUAAACCUCGAGUUGGAAAAGCUGCAAAGGAAUACCCAUUCAUUCUUGAUGCCUUUCAAAGAGAAGCAAUUCAAUGUGUUGAUAACAAUCAGUCUGUUUUAGUAUCUGCACAUACAUCAGCUGGGAAAACUGUAUGCGCUGAGUAUGCCAUUGCAUUGGCCUUAAGAGAAAAACAGCGUGUAAUAUUUACCAGCCCAAUUAAGGCUCUGAGUAACCAGAAAUAUCGUGAAAUGUAUGAAGAAUUUCAAGAUGUUGGUCUUAUGACUGGAGAUGUUACUAUUAAUCCUACAGCUUCUUGUCUUGUUAUGACUACAGAGAUUUUGAGAAGUAUGCUGUACAGAGGUUCUGAAGUUAUGAGAGAAGUUGCUUGGGUCAUAUUUGAUGAAAUUCAUUACAUGAGAGAUACAGAGCGUGGUGUGGUGUGGGAAGAAACUAUUAUUUUGCUUCCUGAUAAUGUACACUAUGUCUUUCUUUCCGCUACCAUUCCAAAUGCGCGACAGUUUGCAGAAUGGAUUUGUCAUUUACAUAAACAGCCUUGCCAUGUAAUUUACACAGAUUAUCGGCCUACUCCAUUGCAACAUUACAUUUUUCCAGCAGGGGGAGAUGGACUCCACCUUGUGGUUGAUGAGAAUGGUGACUUCAGAGAAGAUAAUUUUAAUACAGCAAUGCAAGUGCUUCGAGAUGCAGGUGACUUGGCAAAAGGAGACCAGAAGGGGCGGAAAGGAGGAACAAAAGGACCAUCAAAUGUGUUCAAGAUUGUGAAGAUGAUUAUGGAAAGAAAUUUUCAGCCUGUAAUUAUUUUCAGUUUUAGUAAGAAAGAUUGUGAAGCGUAUGCUCUUCAGAUGACCAAAUUAGAUUUCAACACAGAUGAAGAAAAGAAAAUGGUUGAAGAAGUAUUCAGUAAUGCAAUUGACUGCUUGUCCGAGGAAGAUAAAAAGCUACCUCAGGUUGAACAUGUUCUUCCUCUUUUGAAACGGGGGAUUGGUAUUCACCAUGGUGGUUUACUUCCUAUUUUGAAGGAAACUAUUGAAAUUCUCUUUUCUGAAGGAUUAAUAAAGGCCUUAUUCGCCACAGAGACUUUUGCUAUGGGAAUUAACAUGCCAGCUAGAACUGUUUUAUUUACAAAUGCCCGCAAAUUUGAUGGGAAGGAUUUCCGAUGGAUUUCCUCUGGUGAAUACAUUCAGAUGUCUGGUCGUGCUGGAAGGAGGGGAAUGGAUGAUAGGGGAAUUGUAAUUCUUAUGGUGGAUGAAAAGAUGAGUCCAACAAUUGGAAAACAACUACUUAAGGGCUCAGCUGAUCCUCUAAACAGUGCUUUCCAUUUGACAUACAACAUGGUUUUGAACUUGCUACGUGUAGAAGAAAUUAAUCCUGAGUACAUGUUGGAAAAAUCCUUCUACCAGUUUCAGCAUUAUAGAGCAAUUCCAGGAGUAGUAGAGAAGGUAAAGAACUCAGAAGAACAGUAUAAUAAAAUAGUAAUUCCCAAUGAAGAAAGUGUAGUCAUCUAUUACAAGAUUAGACAACAGCUUGCCAAACUGGGUAAAGAAAUUGAAGAAUAUAUUCACAAACCAAAAUACUGCUUACCAUUUCUACAACCUGGUCGUUUGGUGAAGGUCAAGAAUGAAGGAGAUGACUUUGGCUGGGGGGUAGUGGUGAAUUUCUCAAAAAAGUCAAAUGUUAAGCCUAAUUCUGGUGAACUAGAUCCUUUAUAUGUAGUAGAAGUACUUCUGCGCUGUAGCAGAGAGAGCUUGAAAAAUUCAGCUACUGAAGCUGCAAAACCAGCUAAACCUGAUGAGAAAGGAGAGAUGCAGGUAGUUCCAGUUUUGGUCCAUCUUCUCUCUGCUAUCAGCAGUGUUAGACUUUACAUUCCUAAAGACCUUCGACCAUUGGACAACAGACAGAGUGUUUUGAAAUCAAUACAGGAAGUUCAGAAACGUUUUCCUGAUGGUAUUCCCUUGUUAGAUCCUAUUGACGAUAUGGGUAUUCAAGAUCAAGGGCUGAAAAAAGUCAUCCAGAAAGUAGAGGCUUUUGAGCAUCGAAUGUAUUCUCAUCCACUUCACAAUGAUCCAAAUUUGGAAACUGUAUAUACACUUUGUGAAAGAAAAGCACAGAUUGCACUGGAUAUUAAAUCUGCAAAGCGAGAACUGAAGAAAGCAAGGACUGUCCUACAAAUGGAUGAGCUCAAAUGUCGCAAACGUGUUCUAAGAAGGUUGGGAUUUGCUACUUCUUCUGAUGUCAUAGAGAUGAAGGGACGAGUAGCUUGUGAGAUAAGCAGUGCUGAUGAGCUGCUUCUAACUGAGAUGAUGUUUAAUGGCCUUUUCAAUGACCUAUCUGCAGAACAGGCGACAGCAUUACUAAGCUGCUUUGUGUUUCAAGAGAAUUCCAGUGAGAUGCCCAAAUUAACAGAACAAUUAGCAGGACCACUUCGUCAAAUGCAGGAGUGUGCUAAAAGAAUUGCAAAAGUUUCAGCAGAGGCUAAAUUGGAAAUUGAUGAGGAAACUUAUCUAAGCUCAUUCAAACCUCACUUAAUGGAUGUGGUAUAUACCUGGGCAACUGGAGCUACAUUUGCCCAUAUCUGCAAAAUGACAGAUGUCUUUGAAGGCAGCAUAAUUCGUUGUAUGAGGCGCCUGGAAGAAUUGCUUCGGCAGAUGUGUCAAGCAGCAAAAGCCAUUGGAAACACAGAGCUGGAGAAUAAAUUUGCAGAAGGAAUCACCAAAAUCAAGAGAGAUAUUGUGUUUGCUGCAAGUCUCUACUUAUAAAGAAUCAGCUAAAGAAAUGUGUGAUUUUAAAUUGUUCACCACCUGUUGUUUGCGGUUGAAUACAGAUGCUUAUAUAAAAGUAUUGAUUUGGUUCUCCCAUCUCAAGACAUUAAUCCUCAAACAUUUUCAUUUGUAUUAUAUUUAAAUCAAGCAUCAUUCUGAUGAGCAUAUUACAUACAUGUUUGUACAUAAGCAUUACAUUUUUUUUUAAUAAAAAAUGUACAGGUGGGGCAUUGGUUUAGUGAAAGGCUUGAAGUUUUUUAAUGAACUUAGAGCUAUUAGAUAACAAUUGUGUUAAAUGUAACUAUAUACACACAGGUAAAGUGGGCAUACAAGAGUAUGUAUAGCAGCAGCAGUCCCUUAAAGGCCUGUACACCAGGAAGAAAGAUGCAUCUUCUUGCUUUCCAGUGCAGUCAUUUUCCUUUAGAAAGCAGACCAGCUUCACCUGGGAACCCUGCCACCCUUCAAGGUUGGUGAUUGCUCCGAUAGUGAUUCCCCGUUGUUGGUGUUUCAUGCAGAGUUGUAUGAGAGUCCUCCUCUUUUCUUUCUUUAAAAGGAGAAUCUUUCUCCUUGAAGAAAUCUGAUACAUACACUGCCUAUAUAAAACAGGAUAACUUAGAAUGAGGCAAAGUAUUUUACAUAAUUUUAAAAAUCAUACAAAGUUGUAAGCAUUUUGCAAAAAUAAAAGUAGUACAGAGAUUGGAGUGUACAGAUUAAGAGAAUAUAAAAUAAGUGACUAAUAGGAAUUUUUGGUGAAGGAGAUUCUUCUAAAUUGCAUCAUUAUGUCUUAGGCAAAUAGCUUCAUCUUCCAACACUUACUAAAAUUAAUAAUUCUCCAUGUAAAUACGUUUUUCCAUUUCAUACCAAAAAGAAAACUGCUAAUGUAUUUUUAGCCAGAACCUGUUACAAUAAAAAUACACAGAGGAUUUUUAUAACUUUUGCAAAGAGUAACUUAGUUUUUACCUGCUGUAUAUCCUAAAAUGACUUUUAAUAAUAUUGUCAUUCUUACCCACUAGCAAUUACUGAGCCACAUACUCAAUGCAUAGUUUUCUCACUGGGAAAUUUUUCUAUUUUAUCCAAAUGUUUAUCAGUAUUUAGAUGCAGGCUGCUGUCCUGUAUACUUACAACUAAUAUUGCAACCAGAGCUCCUUGAAUAAGUCCAGUCAACACAUCACUCCAAUGGUGUUUGUAAUCAGAAAUUCGAGAAAGGCCCACAUAAAUGGAGAUAGCAACAAGACCAAAUUGCAGUGUGGGACGUAAGAGUCUUGCCCAGUCUCCUUUCAUCCUGGCUUGAAGAUAAAGCUAAUAGAAAAGAUAAUAAUAAAAAAAGUAGUUUCUUUAAUGUACCAACUGAAAACAGUAACUUAGUUUAUUGUCUGAUCUUGUCUAUUAUCUUGCUUUAUGUAAACUUGUAUCUAUGUAGAGUGGAGUUACAAUGCAAAAGGGGAAAAUAGGUAUGCUCAGGAUUGUUAGCAUUUUAGAUGAGUGCUUAUCACCAUUUUGAUUUGUCCUGACACAACUUUAAUAUUAAGUAUCAACGAAACCUCAUCUAAAAUGAUUAUAUAUAAUAGGACGUUAGGCAACAUUCUUGUCCUCAUUAAUGCCUAAAAGUUAAUCUGUUUAAGCACAAAAACAAAACAAAACAAACCUAUUGCCCCAGUAGUUCGUGUUUGGGUAAACUGCCUGCAUCUUGAGCACUGGUUGCCCCUGGCCUGGACAGCCUACAGUGUUUGCUGUCUAGCCUCUCUAGGGACUGAGUUUAAUUCACCAAACAGAUUAAUUGAGAAUUCCCCCAGCUUCCAAUUACUUAACAGGUCAGCUGAGACUCAAUAAUCAUCUAUAUGAUAUAUAUAAUAAUCUGCCUAAAUAGGUAAUAUAGGUUGAAAUUUAGUCAUGAUCCAGCAAAAGAGUAUUCUCUCAGUACUACCUGUACCCUUUAAGUUCUGUGACUUUUCUAUACAGUAAUCAGGCCUAAGAACUUUCUUUUUCCUUUGAAACCUGCCUUUGUCUUGAGAUGCAACCCUAAAGAUUUUUGAAUUUAUUUUAAACUGUAUUAACAUAUAUAACAUAAAACUUGCCUUUUUAACCAUUUUUAACUGUACGAUUCAGUGGCCUUAAUUACAUUUACAAGGUUGUGCUACCAUCCAUUGCCAAGACUUUUCAUGACUUCAAACAAAUUAACUUAAGCAGUAUCUCCCCACUUACCCCUCUCCAUUAGCCCAUGGUAAACUCUAAUUUCUAUCUCUAUAAUUGUUUAUUCUAGAUAUUUCAUAUAAGUGGAAUAAUACAAUAUUUAUCUUUUUGUGUAUUGCAUAUUUCACUUAGCAUAAUGUUUUCGAGGUUCAUCCAUGUUGUAGCGUGCAUCAGAACUUUAUUCUUUUUAUGGCUGAAUAAUACUCUAUGUAUAUACCACAUUUUGUUUAUUCAUUCAUCUAUCGAUGGGUACUCUGUUUCAUUCCUAAAGAUUCUGAUGCAGAAAGAAUCUGGAUACUUUUCCUGUGAAUUCUGAUAUAGAAAGAAUCUGGAUACUUGCCCUAUGAAUUCUUCAGCGAAAUCUGCUCACUAAAAAAAAAAAAAAAACCUGAUCUAUCCAAUAAGAAUUUUUAACACACUUUUAAAA